CGCCAUGACCGGGAGAGAAGGCCCCCCCAGGAGCACAGGCUUUGGCAUUCAGGAAAUUCUGGGGCUCAACAAGGAGCCACCAGCGCCCCCCCGGGGCCACAUCCACUCUCUGCCCCAUGGGGCCCAUCUUUUGGCUGCCCGAUCUGGUCUGGGGCUCCUGGGAGCCGGCGGCAUCCCUGGUUUCUAUUCCCAGCCCGCUCUUAUGCUGGGGGACCCCCAGGGGCCCAGAAUGCAACCAGUGGGCAGGAGCCCGGGGCAAGAGGACGGCAGCAGAACCUGCAGCUCAGAUUCAGAAGAUGUUUCAUCGAGUGACCGGAAACUCCCCAAAUCUCUGAACCAGAACAAGAAACGCAAGAAGAGACGGCACAGGACGAUCUUCACCUCGUAUCAGUUAGAGGAGCUGGAGAAGGCGUUUAACGAGGCUCAUUACCCCGAUGUUUACGCCCGGGAGAUGCUGGCGCUGAAGACCGAGCUACCUGAGGACAGGAUACAGGUUUGGUUUCAGAACCGUCGCGCCAAAUGGAGGAAACGCGAGAAGUGCUGGGGCCGGAGCAGCGUGAUGGCGGAAUACGGGCUGUACGGGGCCAUGGUCCGCCACUCCAUCCCCCUCCCGGAGUCCAUCUUAAAAUCUGCCAAGGAUGGCAUCAUGGAGUCGUGCGCCCCCUGGCUGCUGGUUCACGAUGGCUUUCCAAGACGAUUUUCUAAACCCGAAUACCAACAAUUCUUUGCAGGGAUGCACAAGAAGUCACUGGAGGCCGCAUCGGACGGCGCACAACAGCCGGAGCGGGAGGCAGCGGCGUUACCGCACCAGCCGGAUGCCACGGAGAGCAGGGACUCCGAGGCCACGGCCGCCAUCUCCGAGGAAGAGCUGAGAGAGAACAGUAUAGCAGCGCUGCGCGCCAGAGCGCAGGAACACAGUGCAAAAGUGCUGCGGAGCACCGGCUGCCAGACGCCGGCAAAGCCUGCCGAGAAAGACGAAGAAGAGGAGACACGGGGCCGCGACUCCUUGGAGCAGGAAGAGGAUCACGUCUGAGCAGAGACUGUAACCUGGACAGGAAAGCUAUCAGGUCUUAGGGGUUUCUUGGUGGGCCUGGACCCCUUUGGAAUAGCAGGACACUAGAUGGGGCCAACCCUGGAGGAUCUAUGCGGCCUCAGCGAUAGCCACAAGCUCCGGGGGCCACCAAAUCAGCUGCAAGCACCCUGCAACCUUUAUCUGACGCGGGGGAUCCUGUAAAUAAUGUACAGAGCUGACUUUGAAUGUUUUAUUAGUACGGUGAUUGCUGUGUCUCUCGUGUAAAUAAAACCCUGUGUACAUAUCACGUCUCCGUGCGCAUAUCACGUCUCCGU